ACCUCAAAGGACUAAGCAAAAUGGCUUCGUUUGGAGAUGAAACGAUUGAAAGUUACCUCUAUUCAUCUUACAAUCCAUACUCGUAUAGAUGUCCGAAACCAAAGACCUGGCGGAACAAGAGUUAUUUUGCCUUCGGAGACGCGGAGACCUACUUUGACAACGACCAUCGUGCACAAUUGAAGUCGAUCUUGGCACAAAUCAACCCCAAUCUGACGCCGCGACUUCGAAGGCCUAACACCAAAGAUAUUGCCGUGCAGGUCAACCCCAAAACCGACGUAUCGGUGCAGUGUUCCUUGGGCCCGCGGACCCUCAGUCGAAACCGAAAUGUUUUGCGAAAAGGGGGUCGGGAAGUUCAGCUUCCGUUGCGCACCGGAGGCGCUGUGGUUCGUUACCCGCGCACCCUCGCCGUUUAUUCCCCGAUUACUUCCAGACGACUCUCAUCUCUCCUCUCAGACGUCAAGGGAGAAAAGCGGGGACUUAACCUCUCGGGUGGCGAUGAACUCGACACCACUUUGAAAAGUGAGGGCUCCGAAUGUGAGACUGAGGCCGCAGAGAAGGCGGCCAAAGAAAAGCCUAGUCCAGAGAAGGACGGAAACGAAGAAAAAGACCAUUCAAAUAUUACCGAUGAUCAGAAAGACGAGACUCAAAGUGGAAAACAAGGCGAUUCCAACGUCAAAGGACGCGUGAGAUUUCAGUUCUUGGAGCAAAAGUAUGGCUAUUACCACUGCAAGGAGUGCAACCUGCGCUGGGAGAGCGCAUAUGUGUGGUGUGUACAGGGAACCAACAAGGUAUACUUCAAACAGUUUUGCAGAACUUGUAAGAAGGCAUUCAAUCCGUACCGUGUUGAGGACAUAACAUGCCAGAUCUGCAACAAGGCGAGGUGCGUAUGCCCAGUGACACCGCGUCACGUGGACCCCAAACGACCUCACCGUCAGGAUCUUUGCGGGAGGUGCAAGGGCAAGAGACUGUCCUGUGACAGCACGUUCAGCUUCAAGUACAUCAUUUAGCUGCCCGUUGGCAGUCCGACUUUCACGCACAGGACUAUCACUGACGGCCGGAGCAAAGGCGCUUGCUCUGAACAGCACUGUUUUUGUUUGUAUCAGUAAUGGUUGGUUACCCUGUUUUUGUUUUGUUGACAAAUGUUAAUGAAUGCUUAUAAUAAAAUGGCAAUCAGCAGCA